UUUAUAAAUAUUUCGUAAUUUGUAAGUAUUAACCAAAUAUUAAAUACCAAAUAAAUACCCAAAAUUGCAUUUUAUGUUAUAAACAAAUUAUUUCGUAUGAUUUUUAAAAAAUAAAAUGAAAAACUUUAUUAUAUUACUUACACAUUUUGUUCUUCAAAAUCAAUGGAUCACAAUCACCGCCCAUGCACCAGAUUUUGGAAAAUCGCCAUGUAUGUAUGCAGGUGAUUUUGAUAAAUAUGGAACCUAUUGUGCUCAAACACCCAUGCCAUUAGAAGAAUUACCAGAUGAGUGUACUUCAUUAGUUUAUGAUGGAAUAAUUUAUGGUCCUAAUGACGAGAAAAAAUUUUCUUUCCAAGAUACAGAAACUAUCAACAGUCUUAACGGAAGUGGUAAACCAUUGAUUUUAUAUUAUGGUUAUACAACACAAAAACUUUGGAUUAAUGCAGUUGAUCCUGCAAAUGCACAAAAAGAAGCGAUAAAAUUAACAGGGGAUACAGCUGAAUAUACAAUAUCGGGUUUAGUACUAACAAAAUUAAACUAUGAUUUUACUAAUAAAAAAUUAGAUUUUCAUUACAAUGAGUCUUUUUAUGAGAAUUUAGUAGAAUUCGUAUGUUUGCUAAAAUCAAACCAUAGCGAUUGGAGUAUUGGAUUAUAUGUGAGUGCGAGGAACAUGAUAUAUUACCACGAGGAGGAUCCAUGUUCUACAGAUAAGUUUGACUUUUCGAUACUAAAUAAGGCUUUCGAUUUUUAUGUGAUUGGAUUUGAAUUAUUUAAUCCGUGUAAUAAUAUAUUUAAACAAGGAAUUGUUCCAAUGACUAAUGUUUUCCGUUCCAAAUUUUCCUUGCAAACACUUGAAGUAGUUUUAAGUGAUACAGACAUGGAUACGGAUCAAAUAUAUCUAGAAUUUAAAGCCAUGCCUACAAAAAAUGAAACAUCAAAGGAAGAAUUACCCAAAUGUUGCUUGACAUUUAAAAAAUUUUGUGAAGGUGACCACUAUAAUACUUACUGGUGUGCUGACAACGCAGCUGCAUACUAUAGUAAAGGACAAUUUGCUAAAAAAAUAGGCGCAAAAGGAUUCAUAACAAAGUAUAUCGAUACAAUCGACCCCACUGUAAAAUGCAAAUGUAAUAACGAUAAGUUUAUAACAUUCGCGAUGAUGUUACGUGGUUUUUUAGAUCAAGAUCCUAUCACCGACUGCGAGAAGUUAAACAGUAUUUCUCUAACAUGAAUAUUUAUUUGUUCAUUUUGUAUCAUUUUAAAUUCAUUAAACUAUAAAAUCUGGCUUGUA